AUGGCAGGAAAGUCAACGGAGACAGCUCUACACAACCUAACGGUAAGGGUGGAAAGGGCACUAGAAACGAAACAGUAUGCAUUAGGCUGCUUCUUCGACGUGGAGGGGGCUUUUGACAAAGCAACCUUCGAGGCCGUAGAGGAAAGUCUGAAGAGAGAGGGCAUCCGACCGACAAUAUCGGAAUGGAUAGGGAGAAUGUUGAAGGGCAGAUCCAUUACGGCGGAGCUGGGAGGAGUAACAAAGUCGAUUAGUCCAAGAAGAGGGUUCCCACAAGGGGGAUGUCUGUCCCCCCUGAUGUGGUGCCUACUUCUAGACUCAAUGGUAAAAGAGCUCAACAGAGGUGGUAUGUACAUGCAGGCUUACUCUGAUGACGGAGUGCUGCUAGUGAGAGGAAUGGUUCUUACCGUGAUGAGAGACAUAAUGAUAAGAGGCCUCAGACAGGUAUUGGGGUGGUGUAGAGAGAGAGGGUUGGAUCUCAAUCCAUCAAAAACAAAGCUAGUGUUAUUCACUAACAGAAGAGUAAAAGAGAUGAAACCUAUAAAGGUACAAGGUAUAGAACUAGACAUGGUAGAUGAGUUGAAAUAUCUGGGCGUUAUUUUAGACAGUACGCUUAGGUACAAAACUCACAUCAAGGAGCAGACGGCAAAAGCUAUAAGAACACUGUUCCAAUGCAAAAGGGCAGUCGGUAAGAACUGGGGACUGAAGCCAGGAAUGAUUCACUGGAUCUACAAGGCGAUAAUACUACCCAGGGUGCUAUAUGGAGCUGUAACAUGGUGGCAUAGAGCACAUAUUAAAGAAAACCAAAGAGACCUAACCAAAGUCCAGAGACUAGCGUGCCUCAUGAUGACGGGGGCUAUGAGAACGACCCCGACACACGCAAUGGAGGUAAUGCUAGGUUUGAAGCCACUCUGGAUUGAGGUUGAGAAAAGAGCCACAGAACAGUGGUACAGAAUGAAAGCAUGCAAGGAAUGGAGAGGAAGCUGCGUGGACAAGAGACAUGCGCGGAUACAAAGAGAGGCACUAUCAAAACUUGAGAUGUUGAUGGCCAAUAAUGACCUUAUAAAGAGGCAGGAGAUAUUUGACAAGAAAUAUAGAAUACACAUAGGAGACAGAGACAACUGGAAGGUGGAAGUCGGUCACCCGACGACCAUUUGCUUCACGGAUGGCUCAAGAAGAAGCUCGACUAAACUGGCAGGAGCGGGCAUAGUGAUCCCCAAACUAGGGGAGAAAAUAUCAGUACCACUGGGCAGAUAUGCUAGCGUGUUCCAAGCAGAGGUAUGUGCAAUAGCGCGCUGCGCAAGCAUAAUCAAGAAGAGUGUAAAGCAAGAGGGCGCUGUCGUAAUAUACACAGACAGCCAGGCAGCACUAAAGGCACUAAAGAAAAUAUCAGUCACCUCCUCCCUCGUGAGAGAAUGUCGAGAGGAGCUCAACUUGAUAGGCAAGCAAAGAAGUGUCACGGUGGCAUGGGUGCCAGGACACCAGGGAGUAAUGGGAAAUGAGAAAGCGGACGAGCUGGCGAGGAUAGGGGCGGAGACGGAAUAUAUAGGUCCGGAACCGGCUCUGCCUAUGUCAGCGGAUGUCACGAAGGGAGUAAUAGAGAAGGUAAAAGAGAUGGAAGCACAGAGAGAAUGGGAAGAAGAGACUGGGUGUAGACAGUCGAAGAUGAUGAUCAAAGGGUUAGACCACAGGAGAACCAGGUAUCUUUUGAAACUAGGUAAGAGCAGUCUGAGACUACUGACAGGUAUCAUUACGGGUCACAAUACUCUCAACAGACACCUUAAGAUAAUGGAAAUUAGUAGAGACGCCUCCUGCCCACACUGUGGUAAGGAGGAGACUAGCUUACAUUUACUAGCAGAAUGUACUAUGUACGCGGCACCGCGAUAUAAUACAUUCGGUAGAGACACACUGAAAGAACACGAACUAAAGGACGUCGAACUCAAAGAUGUCCUUCUGUUCUGCAGGAAAACAAGAAGAUUCGAGGAGAAUAGUGUGGGAAUGCCGCCGGGACAGUAA